GAAGCAUUUCCUGAUACUGAAGUAGAGCUGCAGUCGAGAUGAGUCUCUGUGUUUCUCUCUGAAGAAAACUUCGACUGAAUCCAUCUGGUUUUCUUCAACAAAACAGCAGAAUCUCUGACAAACACUGGCUGUCAACAUGUCUGCUGCCAGCUGUCUGCUGACUGAAGAUCAGUUUCUGUGCUCCAUCUGUCUGGAUGUGUUCACUGAUCCAGUCACCAUACCAUGUGGACACAACUUCUGUAAAAUCUGCAUCACUAAACACUGGGAUAAAAAUGUCCCGUGUCAGUGUCCCAACUGUAAAGAGGGUUUUGACACCAGACCAAAGCUGCAGAUAAAUACUUUCAUCUCUGAGAUGGCUGCUCAGUUCAGACAGUCAGCUCAACAGAAAGCCAGCAGCAGCAGCUCAGAGCAACAAGUUUCCAAACCAGGACAAGUUCCCUGUGACGUCUGCACUGGAACCAAACUGAAGGCCCUGAAGUCCUGCAUGGUGUGUCUGGCCUCCUACUGUGAGACUCACCUGGAGCCUCAUCUGACGAUGUCAGGCCUGAAAAGACAUCAGCUGAUGGACCCUGUGGAGAACAUGGAAUGCAGGAUGUGUAUGAAGCACGAUAAACUGCUGGAGCUGUUCUGUAAGACCGACCAGAUGUGUGUCUGCAUGCUCUGCAGUAUUUCAGACCACAAGACACAUGAUGUUGUUUCACUGAAAGAAGAAUAUGAAGGAAAGAAGGCCGAGCUGGGGAAGACAGAUGCUGAAAUUCAGCAGAUGAUCCAGAAGAGACGACUGAAGAUUGAGGAGAUGAAGAGCUCAGUGCAGCUCAGUAAGAAAGAUGCAGACAGAGAGAUAGCAGCUGGUGUUCAGGUCUUCAGAGCUCUGAAGGAGUCUGUUGAGAGAAGCCAGGCCGAGCUCAUGGACACCAUCAAAGAGAAGCAGAGAGAGACAGAGAAACAGGCUGAAGGCUUCAUCAAAGAGCUGGAACAGGAAAUCUCUGAGCUGGAGAAGAGAAGCUCUGAGGUGAAGAAGCUCUCAGGUUCUAAAGAGAGCCUCAUCACCUUCCAGAGCUCCCCAUCAGUGAAUACUGCUCCACCCACCAAGGACUGGACAGGAGUCAGCGUCCGUCCACCUUCAUAUGAGGGGACUGUGGUGAGAGCUGUGAAUCAGCUGGAGGAGACGCUCAGUAAACAGAUGAGGAAGCUGCUGGAGGCCGAGCUGAAGAGGGUCCAGCAGUAUGCAGUGGAUGUGACACUCGAUCCUGAUACAGCACAUCCUGAACUCAUCCUGUCUGAUGCUGGAAAACAAGUUAAACAUGGUGAUGUAGAGAAAAAUCUCCCUGAUAACCCAGAGAGAUUUGAUAAAUGUGCUAAUGUCUUAGCAAAGCAGAGUUUCUCUUCAGGAAGAUUUUAUUAUGAGGUUCAAGUUAAAGACAAGACUGACUGGGAUUUAGGAGUGGCCAGAGAGUCGAUCAACAGGAAGGGACAAAUCACAGCAUCUCCUCAGAAUAGUUAUUGGACGAUAUGGUUGAGGAAUGAAAAUGAGUACUAUGCUUGUGCUGGCCCUGCAGUCCGUCUCUCUCUGAAGCGUCGGCCUGAGAAGGUGGGGGUGUUUGUGGAUUAUGAGGAGGGUCUGGUCUCCUUUUAUGACGUUGAUGCUGCAGCUCUUAUCUACUCCUUUACUGGCUGCUGCUUCACUCAGAAACUCUACCCACUCUUUGGUCCAUGUCCUAAUGAUGGUGGUAAAAACUCUGCUCCUCUGAUCAUCUCCACAGCCACACUGAGUAGAACAAACAUUUGAUUUUCUACAGAAAAUUUUGGUAUUUGGUUUGUAUAUUGUUGUUUCAUCAGAUUCUGAUGAAGCAUAUUUUUCCCGUUUUUUUAUCUUUUUUUUUUAUGUGUCACAGUAUCAGUCUGGUUGAUAUGGUGUAAGGAACUUUAUUUUUAUGAGAACUGCUUUUGACAUUUGACAUUUUUACUGUAUUUCACCAGAUUCAACCAUUUUCCCAUUGUAGGUUGAUGCAUAAAAUUCUUGUAUUUUUGACAGUCACAAGCUAGGAAUUUCACAGCGGCCACGGCGGCCAUGUCCGUGGCCCUACACCUUGGCCUUUUGAGUUUGAAUUUAGAGUAGGUCUGAAGUUGUUUAAGUGAUUUAUGGAAAAAAAAAAAAAAAAAAAAAA